AUGUGCCAGUUUAAUCCUAAUUGGUAUAAGGGUCGUCGUAAGUGGUUGGAGUGCAGUAUAACAAAAGAUGCUGCAUAUUGUUUGUGUUGCUAUUUGUUCCAAAAUGAACAUGAAAGUAAUGGAAAUACGAGUGAAACUUAUACAAAAGUUGGCUUUAAAGCUUGGAACAAGGCUCUUGAAAGAUUUAGAGCUCAUGUUGGAGAGGUAAAUAUCAUCUACAACAAGUGUUUUAACAGGAUCCUUGAUUUAAUGAAUCAAUCACAGUCAAUUCAAACUGGCUAUGACAAGAAACUCGAAAAAGACAAAAGUGAAUCGCGACGUCGCUUGAGUGCUUCAGUCGAUGUGACAAGGAUUCUCUUAAGACUAGGAUUAUCAUUCCGUGGGCAUGAUGAGAGUCAAUGUUCUUCAAAUAGAGAAACAAUCAAAGCCAUCAUCGAAGACCUGGAUGGGGAUUAUUUCGGGAUACUAGUUGAUGAAUCAAAGGAUAUAUCACACAAGGAGCAAAUGGCAAUUGUUCUGAGAUAUGUUAACAAAGAAAGCGAUGUAGUAGAGCGAUUUGUUGGUAUUAUUCAUGUUAGUGAUACAUCUUCUCCUUCAUUAAAGGAGUUAACACUUAUAGCUCUUGCAAAGAAGAAUUCGAAUGUAGAUGAUUUUUUUUGUAUAGUUACUAAUGUGUUAAAUAUUGUUGGAGCAUCUUUUAAGUGCAGAGAUUUGCUUCGAGAACAUCAAGCUGAAAAACUUGUUGCUACAAGUCUUGUGAGUACGAUUAAGGAAUUUGAUUUUGCUUGUAUGUUGCACUUGAUGUGGAAAGUUCUAGUGAUGACAAAUGAGUUGAGCUCCUCACUGCAAAGGAUGGAUCAAGAUAUUGUCAAUGCUAUGGGACUUCUCGCUCUUACAAAGCAAAGAUUACAAAAAAAUGAGGGAUAG